AUGAAGUCUCUGUAUUUGUUCUUGGGCCUUUGGGUUCUUGGAGCAUGUUUCCUGACUGGUGAGUGUCACAGAGGCCAUAGAGGACGAUUUGAUCCUAGAGGACCACCACCUCCUCCUCCCUUCGGCCCAGGAUUUGCCCGACCACCCCCUCCUCCUCCCUUUGGUCCAGGAGCUGCCGGACCACCCCCUCCUCCUCCCUUUGGUCCAGGAGCUGCCGGACCACCCCCUCCUCCUCCCUUUGGUCCAGGAGCUGCCAGACCACCCCCUCCUCCUCCCUUUGGUCCAGGAGCUGCCCGACCACCCCCUCCUCCCCCCUCUGGUCCUAAUCCACCUUCUGUAACAAGCCCUCCACAAACCGCAACUCCAAUUGGUACUACUAUCACUGUAACUCCUCUCCCAGUACCAGAAAAUACAUCUAGUGCCAAUAUCUCCCUACCUACUCCUAUUGCCUAA